UCAGUAUGUUGCGGCCUCUGCUAAAGUGCGGUUGUAUUUGUGUGGUCGUUGAGUGAUUGUUUUUUUUUCGGUGAGGAUGAUCGUCAUCGUCGUUGUUUCUUCGUCAGUCCGAUCAUUAUAAUAAUCGGCAUUAUUUCUUUAAACGCGAAGCAAAUAAAUACGUCAAUUAUAUUAACAUAAUAAUAUAAGAAGUGUAACGUGUAAAACGAGCCAAGGAAAAAGUAGCGAAUCGAAUCGAUUCGAUAGAUCGCAAGUGUGUUCGACCUCGUGACCUUCGAAUCGUCCGAUAAUAUACGCGAAUCGUGUUUUGUCAGUUGGUACGCGAAUCUCGUUCUAAGGGAGGAAUUAUUAAAAAGAAAACUAUAAGAAGAAGAAGAAGAAGAGGAAGAAAAGACAAGGGAUACUUCCCCAAUCGGUCGAGUGAGUGUUAUCUUCAUAUGUUUUUUCGUGGUAACUUCAUCGGAUAUACCAUCUACGCGUGUACGUAAACAUAAAUAUUUCAACGAAUUAACUUCAUUAAGAAGAAGAAAAUAUAAAGGAAGAAAGGAAGAGAGUACAACGUUAAUAAUCGAAGAAACUAGUGUUUCGUUGGUGUUGCUGGUGUUACUGCACGUAAACCUUCAUCGAAUACUAUCGUCCGUUUUUCACUCUUUCUAAUAUAUAUAUAUCUCUCUCUCUCUCUCUCUCUCUCUUGCUAUCUUCCGGCGAAAAGCAGAGAAAGAAAAAGAAAAAGAAGAAGAAGAGGGAAAGGACCAAGUUCGCCGACUUUUUCACGAGGAUGUCGAGGUAGCCUACCGAGCUCCCUCUGAGCCCUCGCGAAGAUACAUACUCGCAAAACACAUAUACACACGUGUACGGAACACACAUCGACGUAGCACUCCACUCUCUUUCAUCCGCGGGAUUGGAUUACCAUGCUGGACACGGCCACGAGUCACAGGUGGCCGUUAGCAGCAGUUCAGGGUGAAACUGUGAAGAGUACGGAUUGGCAGCAGUAUGAAUAUAAAAUAGCACUGAUACAUCGACUAUCUUACUGCUGAGGCCAUUUUGCCAUGUUGUUUAGCGGGUCGAUUUUUUUGUUGGCAGGUGAGCGGGAGGGAGGCGCUGCUGACCGGUGGCGGCGGCGGCCAUGCGCCCUGGCCCGCUAAUACAGCCGAGCCGCCGCAGGCCUCCCCGUCGCCAGCAUCAGGUGCCCAAUCGGCUGCACUAUCAUCGAAUUUCCCAUCAACAACAACAACGUCAACGUCAUCGACAACAUCAUCAUCGAUCUUGUUCACGUUGCCAGGACGACGAACAACGGCAACAAGAGGACCACCAUAAUCAUCAUAAUCAUCAUCAUCAUCAUCAUCAUCAUCAUCAUCAUCAUUGUAAUCAGCAGCAACAGCAACAGCAACAUCAUUAUUAUUAUUAUCAUCGUAAUCAUCAUCGUCAACAGGAACGUCAACGUGCAGGUGGACGAAGAAGAUACUUCCAAAGAGGACAUUUAUUAUCCUCGAGAAGCCUUUUCGUACUUCUAUUGUUGGCAAGCAGCCCUUUGGUCCUUGGUUUGGCUGAACCAUCGUCUGCACACGAAUGGCAACGAAAGACAAGCUAUUCCUCUUCGUCCUCAUACUUUGACGGUUCCUCGAAGCCGGUCUUCGGUAGGCAUACCGUCGAUAGGAACGCCAUGCUUAAUCCUGCCUCACAAACAAAAAUGGAGCUUAAAAAGACCCAGAAUCUUACCAUCGGAUACCUAACAGCUAUUAAGGGUGGCCUUAAGGAUCGACAAGGACUCGCUAUUUCUGGUGCUCUCUCUAUGGCACUCGACGAGAUCAACAAGGACCCUAAUAUUUUGCCAGACGUAAAUCUGGUGAUGCGAUGGAACGACACAAGGGGAGAGACCGUAGAAGCCACGAAUGCUAUGAUCGACAUGAUCUGCGACGGGGUCGCGGCCUUCUUCGGACCCGAAGGUUCCUGUUAUGUCGAGGCUAUAGUCGCUCAGUCAAGAAAUAUACCAAUGAUCAGCUACAAAUGUUCGGACUACAAAGCUUCGAAAGUGAACACCUUUGCAAGAACGGAGCCUCCGGAUACACAAGUUACGAAGUCGGUGAUAGCUCUUCUACUUCAUUAUGGUUGGAACAAAUUCACGAUUAUAACGGAAAUCGCCUGGUCGACGGUAGCUCGUUCACUCGAGGAACAGGCGACGAAGCACAAUCUGACGGUGAAUCACUAUAGGACCGUCGAGGAUCGUCAUACUUGUUGCGAAGAGAGGUUACCAUGUUGUCAAGUCAGCGUAUGGUUUCAACUUAUACAGGAGACCAAAAAUAUGACGAGAAUAUACAUUUUUCUUGGUACCGCAAUGUCUUUAAUAGAUAUGAUGAAUUCGAUGCUGAAUCAAAGGUUACUGGACAACGGAGAAUACAUGGUCAUACAUGUGGAUAUGAUGACAUAUUCACAACGAGAAGCACAAAAGUACUUAUGGAAACCAGAACAUUUAGACAGUGUGGAAAAUUGUCUCGAACCGAAAGACUUUUUAAAGAAGGCAAGAUCGCUCAUGGUUGUUGCUUCCACACCACCCACUCAAAAUUAUGAGGAAUUUACGAAAAAAGUCCGAGACUACAGUGAAAAGGAACCGUUCAACUUUGUUAUUCCAGAUCUUCUGAAAAAAUAUGAAAAGUAUGUCUCCAUUCAUGCGGCGUAUCUUUAUGAUUCGGUGAAAUUGUAUGCUAGAGCAUUGGAUCAACUUAUACGAGAUCAACCGGAACAUACUCUACAGGAAAUCGCUAGUAACGGAACACAAAUAAUAGAGACGAUCAUCAAAAAUCACACUUAUCAAAGUGUCAGCGGAGCGACUAUAAAAUUGGACAAGUUCGGGGAUUCGGAGGGAAAUUUUUCGGUGCUAGCUCUGAAGAAGGAUCCUUUCCGUUUCAACAAUUUUUCCUGCGAUUAUCAAAUGAAACCUGUAGGACAGUUUCAGCAGGGUGAAACUCUAUUAUACAGACCGUCAGAGUCUAUGGAUUGGCCAGGUAAAAAUAAACCGGAAGCCGAGCCAGGUUGUGGUUUUCUUAACGAGCACUGUCCCAAAGAUGAUACUCACAUGCGUAGUAUCGUUGUUGCCGGUGUCCUGGGUGUUAUAUUAUUUUGCUCCGCUGUGAUUACAAUAAGCAUCUAUCGAAGGUGGAAAAUCGAACAAGAGAUCGAAGGUUUGCUCUGGAAGAUUAACCCAGAGGAGAUACGUGGCUAUCCUCGUCUCGAUAAUAUGAUGUCGUCCCCUAGUAAGUUAAGUUUAGCUAGUGGAAUGUCUUACGAAUCGAGAUGUGGUGGUCAAGUAUUCGCACAAACUGGCCAUUAUCACGGUGUAGUGGUGCGAAUAAAGGAAUUGAAAUUUUCGAAGAAGAAGGAUACAUCGCGUGAUGUUAUGAAAGAGAUGCGUAUUCUUCGUGAUAUCAGACACGAUAAUCUGAACUCAUUUAUCGGUGCGUGUGUAGAACCGAUGAGGAUCUUGCUAAUUACCGAUUAUUGUGCCAAAGGAAGUCUUUAUGACAUCAUUGAAAAUGAAGAUAUAAAAUUAGAUGAUAUGUUCAUUGCGUCGUUAGUUCACGAUCUCAUUAAGGGUAUGCUUUAUAUUCACGAAACAUCAGUGUUAUUCUGUCACGGUAAUCUAAAAUCUUCUAAUUGCGUGGUUACUUCACGUUGGGUACUCCAAGUUUCCGAUUUUGGUUUACACGAUAUGCGUCAUUGUGCCGAGUCUGACAGCAUUGGAGAACAUCAGUAUUUUCGAAACCUAUUUUGGAAAGCCCCCGAGUUGAUGAGGGAUCCUAAUGCACCGAUCAAAGGCACUCAGGAAGGAGAUAUUUACUCUUUUGCUAUUAUAUUAUUUGAAAUAAUUGGACGAAAAGGACCGUAUGGAGGUGUUAAUUUGGAACCCAAAGAAAUCAUAGAGCGAGUGAAAAGGUUCCCAGAAGAUGGUGAACCACCGUUUAGACCUAACAUAGAGAUACUGUCCGAGUCUGAGGCAGAUUGUGCUGAAUAUAUCGUUAGUACUAUAACCGACUGUUGGGCGGAAUGUCCAGAACUUAGGCCAAACUUCAAAACAAUAAGGACAAGAUUAAAGAAAAUGAAAGAUGGUCGGCAUCGUAAUAUAAUGGACCAAAUGAUGGAUAUGAUGGAGAAAUAUGCGAACAAUCUCGAAGAUCUAGUCCAUGAACGUACGCGUUUACUUUAUGAGGAGAAACAAAAAACUGAAGACCUGCUACAUAGAAUGUUACCUGAACCAGUUGCCAAUUGUUUAACGAAUGGUAUAGGAGUAGAACCUGAAGCAUUCGAUUUGGUAACCAUAUAUUUCAGCGACAUUGUUGGUUUCACAGCGAUGUCAGCAGAAAGUACACCUUUCCAAGUUGUAAACUUUCUCAACGACUUGUAUACUCUAUUCGACCGCAUAAUCAAAGGAUAUGAUGUGUACAAAGUUGAAACUAUAGGAGAUGCCUACAUGGUUGUGUCAGGACUACCAAUAAAAAAUGGAAACAGGCAUGCCGGAGAAAUAGCAUCUAUGUCUUUGGAAUUACUUAAUGCCGUCAAACAUCACACAAUAGCUCACCGUCCUCAGGAAACUCUUAAACUUCGUAUUGGAAUUCACACGGGCCCUGUAGUCGCAGGAGUAGUAGGAUUAACAAUGCCUAGAUAUUGUUUAUUUGGUGACACUGUGAAUACUGCAUCAAGAAUGGAAUCAAACGGUGAACCAUUACGUAUUCAUAUUAGUAGUCAAUGCAAGGAUGCUUUGGAUAAAAUAGGUGGUUACAUUAUCGAGGAACGUGGUUUAGUAAAUAUGAAAGGAAAGGGCGAAGUGAAAACUUAUUGGCUUACAGGAGCCACAGAAAAAGCUAUUCAAAAAAGAGAGGUGGACGUUGGUGAUCUUCCACCACUUUUCUGCAGACCAAGAAGAAGCCCAAAAUUUAAUCCUGAUUCACGUCAGGCAUCAUUAUUAGCUGUUUUAGGUGCUGGUAGUCGAAGACAAUCUAGCGUGCCACGUCCAACUGCUGACGAUUCGUCCUCACAAUGUGGUGGUGGAUCGAGUCCAAUACCAAAAUCACUCCUUACUCGAAAAUUGGAACGAUCUCCACUUUGUUUAUCAGAUAGCAUAUCCAAGAGUACAUUGGAAAAUGUUCCUCUUCAAGAAGAAACUGAAAAUCGUGCUGUUAACAUCAAGCUCGCUCUCGACGAUUUUUUCACAGAUGCUAAACCAAAAUUGCUGGGGAAUGAAAGAGUUUUAUCGAUAAUUGCAUCUUCCUCAACAACUAGCGAUUAUCCGUCUCAAACAGUUAUCAGGGAAUCUCGUUCGCUAGAUCCUUUUCCAUUCGACACUGAUACAAAAAGAUUCGAACAGGAGAAUUUUUGUUGGAAGGAACUGAAAAAGAGUUUUCGAUCGUUGGAAAAUUGUGACAAGUGUCCACGGACCAACUUGAAAACCGAUCUUGCUGGUAAAGUGUUGAACAAUAAUUAUCCAAAUGGCAAUAUGAUAAUCAUACCUCACGUCAAUAUAACGUCAAAUGAUGUAGAGACUCCUCUACUAAUGGGUGACGAGAGUGGUUGUAUAGGAGAAAUAGUGCAGGGGAAACGUUGGCGCUCUUUGGAUGAAGUGACACCUGAUCCUAGUAAGAAAAAUGUGCCCGACAAAAAGUCUUCAGCACGAAAUUCGAUAAAAAGCUGGCUGGUUAGUCUGUUUAACAGUAAUGGAAUACCCAACAGUGAUGUUUCUUUAAGAAAGGGUGUUAUUGCUGGAUAUGAUAUACAGUCAGAGCAUGAAAGUAUAGUUUGAAUGAAUUGUUUUUAUUAUCCUUACUACGCUUUUCUCCUUUUUAAAAGGAAACAAGUUUAUUAUAACGUAAUAGAAGAAUCUUGUAUAUCGAGAAUGAAAGUGUAUAAUGUAUAUUUAUGUUUAUGAGUCAUAAGCAUGAUUAAUUGUUGCCAUGUUUUUUUUAGAUUAUGUACGUGAAAUUUAUAUAUAUACAUAUAUAUGUAUACAUGUAUGUAUAUAUAUACAUAUAUGUGUGUGUGAAAGUUACCGACAGUGUAUAUUUUUAUUACCUAGAUAUUUUAUAAUUCGUACUAAACUGUGCGUCAGCGUCGAUGCCGAAAGUGACUUAUGUAGCGCAGGACUGUUGCCUUGCCUGUUAAAAUUUUUAAUCUGAGUACGCAAUAAGGACAAGAAACUAUUUUAUAAAUAUCGUUCUAACCAAAGUAUAAAGAAGCGCAAGAUCAUUCUGAUCUCUUAUGAGUUAGCGUAUUAAAACUUCUUGCAUAGAAGAAAACAGGCUAACGCAGCUGGAGUAUACGUACGUCUUCCACAUACAUCGUUCAAUUUGCUCCAUGCUCAUGUUUAAAGUAUGUGCAUAUGGUGUAUGUACAUCAAUUACCUGCAUAUGUAUACAUGUACGUAUAUAUGUAUAUGUAUAUGUAUAUCUAUGUACACACUCGUGUAUAUCUAUAUGUAUCUAUAAUUUUAAACUUGUUCACUAAAGGAAGCAAAUUAUCUGUAUGGCUGUGAAAAGUGAACUAGAUUGUACCUAAGGUGCUUAGUAAUAUAUGAUGUUGUUAAAUGUACAUAACUGAACAAUAAUAUAUCAA